AUGUUUGUAAUUGUUGAAGGUGUUAUAUUGUAUUUGUCUGUUGUUUCUAAUAUUGAACCGUCGUUGGUUAAAUAUUUAAUAUGUUUAGUAAUGUCAUAUUUUUCCAAUAUUGUAUUGGUUAAGAUUCCAUUGAAAUAUGUUGGACUUCGAUGUCUUUAUAUAAUAUCAGUGGCGACAUUUUAUUUGUUAGUAGUGUUGAGGAGUUUGGAUUCGUUUUUAAUAUUGGUGAAGAAUACUUUGGUUACUUUUUUAUUAACAAGAUGGAUGGCUUCGAAAUAUAUGCCCUUUGUAAAUUUUUUUUUAAUAAUGGGUAACCUAGCAAUUCACAACAUUUACAAUUAUUUUUAUCCUCCAACUAUGAAAUUCGAUACUACUGCUAUACAUAUGAUAUUAGUCAUUAAGUUGACUUCUUUUGGUUGGUCUUAUUUUGAUGGUACUUCAGCAAAACCUGAAUCUUUAUCCGUGUAUAAAAGAAGCAAAGCUGUUAAAAAGCAUCCAAGCUUGUUGCAGUUCAUGGCUUACACUUUUUUUUAUCCUACCUUGCUAACUGGGCCAAGUAUAGAUUAUAUAGAAUUCGAUGAUUGGCUUACUGGGAAUAUCUUUAAAGAUUAUCCAACUUCAAAUUUAGCAUACGUGCCACAUAAUUGGAAGCUAUCCCUAAAGAAAUUGAUUAAAGGUUUGGUUUUUCUGUUGCUUGCAGGUAUCUCCAAGACUGUCAUCUCUGAAGAUAAACUGAACUCUAAAAAAGCAUUCCUAGAUAGAUCAUUUAUCUAUAAAAUUCACUACUUGUAUCUAUUGGGUUUUGCAUUUAGGUUGAAAUAUUAUUCGGCUUGGACCACAGCAGAAGGGGCAUGUAUAUCUUCUGGAAUCGCAUAUAAUUAUUAUGAUAAAGAUUCACAUUCUAUUGUAUGGGACAGAAUGUCUAAUAUUGACAUUUGGACAUUCGAAGCUGCCCAAAGCUCCUAUGUCUCAAUAAAAUCAUGGAAUAUUAAAACAAAUAAUUGGCUAAAAAAUUAUGUAUACCUAAGACUUUGCAAUGAUAAUGAGAAGCCAACUUUUACAGCAACCCUCAUCACCUUUGCAGUGUCUGCGUUUUGGCAUGGCAUAAAUCCUUGUUAUUAUUUAACUUUCUUAACUGGUGCUUUAUACCAAAACUGUGGCCAGUAUUACAGGAAGUAUACAAGACCGGUAUUCCUGUUAGGUGACAGAGUGACACCUUCAAAGUAUAAAUGGAUAUAUGAUUUUAUUGGAUUCUAUAUGGUGAAAUUAUUGUUUGGAUAUUUAAUGCAACCAUUUAUACUAUUAGAUUUCUCUAAAGCUCUGGAGGUUUGGAGUAAAGUUGGGUAUUUUGGACAUAUAUGUGUUGUUAUUACCUAUUUAUUGUUCAAAGGGCCCCUUUCUACCAGUUUUAAGCAUAAAUGCUUGGAUCAUCAUCCGGUAGCUGUUUCCAACAGGAAACAAUUAAAUUCAGAUAGUCAUAAAUUGAAAACUUUGCCAAAGAUUCAAAUAGAACUAGGAAUGAAAUUGGGUUCUCAGAGCCAGAUAUACUUUGGAAUCCCUCAAAAAUAUAUCUAUGAAUGGACAGAAAUUCUAGAUGAAUGGGAUAUAUUUGUUAAUGAUUAUUCAGAGUGGAAAUUCCAAAACGGUUUGGAAUUGGAAGAAGAUAACCUUGUGGCAGCAUUCUUCACUUUUAUUGAACAAUUUGCUGAAUCUACCUCGCCUAUUGAUCCAGAGUUUAUAAACCGGAAAAAAAUUUCAUUUAAUGUAUAUUCCCCUUCAUCUAGUCAGAAUAUCAUCGAUCUUGGUAUCGAUUGA